CAAACCAUGACAUCCGCCACAGCAAUCUACGCCGCUGUCCCUCUGAAUGACAAGAUUACAUCGGAAUCAAUUGUCGAGACUCUUGAGGAUAGCGAUAUCGUCUCCUUCUCGCAUUCCACGGAUGACGAUACUCUCGAAAAACCACUUUUGGGAAGCGCUCCAGCCAAAUCGGUCAUGAAUGUGACCCGUCUCAAGGCUCUCUUUUUCGUAACCGGCAUUUUAAUAGCCCUUGCGUCCCAAUACCUCUUGGCGAAAACCAUGUGGAAGGACGACGUCGUCGGUCGAGCCUCAUGGGAAGUCGUUGUCUUUAGUCUACAGUGGAGCUUUUGGACCUGCGUCAUGGUGUUCUCCGUCAUGAUAUGUAUGGUCCGCGCCUUUUCUACCCAGCAGCAAACUCCGGUGGAGGAAGGUCUUGCAUUUACCUUGGAAGCACACCACAUUGUCGGGGCAUUGCUUGCCGUAUCGGCCAGUUGGUUCACGGUAGAUUUUCUCCAUCUGCAAGUUCCGACGCAUGCCCAUACCCUGUCGAUUCUCGGGCUUGUUUCGAUCGCGUACGCAAUUUUUGUUCGCUGCAUGACCGCACGCUUUCGAGAGCGUCGUCAUAGUUUCAGCGGAACGGCAGAUCGGCAAAUCUACUCCUCCACCCAAGCUCUCAUGCCGACCUACCAACUCUUGGCGGCGACCCUCGGACUCGUGGUUGGUCUCUGUUCUCAGUUCCUUUUGAGUUUCUUGCUGUGGACAGACAGCAUGACAACUCCAGUCAUCGACAACAUGGUUGUCUUUGCCGCAAUUUGGAGCAUCUCCACCGUCAUCAUUACCUUUGUUGGUUGUGCAUCCUUGCGCUGCUUGGUUAAUCAGGAAGAGCACAAUAUGCUCGAAACGGAGCGUGUCUUUUUGCGCAUGGAAGCACACUACGUCUUUUGUGCUUUGAUUGGAAUCUGUGCCGCUUGGAUUCUCAUGAACGUUGCGCUUGGUUUGGAACAGCAAGUCUUACCCAGCUUGGGCAUGCUCGCUCUCAGCUUGAUCGGCUUUCGAGCCAUCCUCCACUGCUUCCCCGAAGAAGAUUGCCUAGCUGAGAUUGGACUCGCCCAUGCUAGAGAAAAAGAGGUUCUCGUCAGCAAGAGUACCAAAGAACAGGAUGCGCUGCAUCUGGUUGUCCAAAUCGUCUAA